AUGACAACCCCACUUCAACUUCUCGAGACCCCCGACGGUAUUUCAUUCUACCACCAAGGGGAAGAGGAAGCUCGUUGGAUCUUUGACGAGAUUUUCACUCAGCGAUGUUAUGAUACAGUGAAACUAUCUGGAAAGCCCGUUAUCAUCGAUGCGGGCGCUAACAUUGGGUUGUAUACUCUUUUCGCCAAGAAAAACUAUCCAGACGCGCAGGUGCUGGCUUUUGAGCCCGCUAGAGAAAGCGGCUCCAUCUUUAACCACAACAUGUCACUACACAAAUUAUCAGGUGUAGAGCUUCACGAGUGUGCUCUUGGAUCCAAGAACGAAACGAAGAUGUUGACCUUCUUCCCUAAUACCUCUGCCUUCUCAACAAUUUGCAGCGACGGAGGGAAAGAAUUGUUGGAUCUUAUCGCCGACAAAGUCAGUAAUGAAAUUGCAGAUAGAAUGAGAGAGAAUGCACGAGAAGCGCCGGUUCCCGUUAGAAGACUUUCCGAAUUCCUGAGAGAUCGGGGCGACAUUACGAAAGUCGAUUUACUGAAGAUCGAUAUCGAAGGAGGGGAGUUGAACGUCAUCAAGGGGCUUGAUGAAGACCACUUGUUGUCAGUUAAGAACAUCGUCAUGGAGCUGUGGAGUCCUGAUGGACAACUUGAAGCUAUGCAGAAAUUUCUGGAGGCAAAAGGGUACACCGUCACGACAACCCUGGUUCCUUGGAAAUCGGGACAAGCUGAGCAGUUGAAAAUGUACAUGUUGACAGCUGAAAGGUUCUAG